GUGGACUGCAACAACAUGGUUUUAUGAACCAGUGUAGUGAUCUGAGUCACUGUUACAGAUAAUAUAUAGUCACGUGCAGAGCUGCUCCAUCCAUCUUCUGGACACCAGCUGACAAACCUGAUGUCAGAAUAUGACAGAGAAGAUCCUCCAGAAGAAGCAGGGCUGGUGGAUGGUUGCAGUCUGUCUUGCUGAAAGGAAGGACACAUUUCCUGCAUUGGACCAUAUGUCAUCCGAAUGACAACAACCUCGUCUACAUGGAGACUCGUGAGCCGCCUCAGUAACAUCUUUCUGUUGAGCACUCCAGAAGCAGGCCCACCCUAAACAUGCAUUCAUAAACAAAUAUCACUUCUCCCUGUCAGAGAGGAUGAUAUUGACAGCACUGGUUGGAGCUGGCCUGCUGGCGUGGGAGAGGGGAGAUGGGUGGGAGGCCGUGUCCCGUCGGGAGCCGAUCGAUGCUCACAUCCUGUGAACCCUGCAUGGAACACGGGAGAGCACUCCCAGCAGAGGAGCCGCACAGAGACACAGUCCAGGGAGCAGAGGGAUGUGGACCUAAGCCGGACCGCACCAAGAGGACGUCCAACACCUCCAUGGGGUAGACAUAGAGACAGCGUCAGUGUCUGGACGCCUGAAGCAUGAAGUGUAUCAAGAGCCAAAUUUGAGGACAUGAGGCAGUGAAGAGGGGAGAACCUGACCAUGGGUGACUGGAACCUCCUGGGCAGCAUCCUAGAGGAGGUCCACAUUCAUUCCACCAUCGUGGGCAAGAUCUGGCUCACCAUCCUCUUCAUCUUCCGCAUGCUGAUUCUGGGAGCCGCCGCCGAGGACGUGUGGGACGACGAGCAGUCCGAGUUCGUCUGCAACACCGAGCAGCCAGGCUGCAAGGCCGUGUGCUACGACCGUGCCUUCCCCAUCUCCCUCAUCCGCUUCUGGGUCCUGCAGGUGAUCUUCGUGUCGGCGCCGUCGCUGGUCUACAUGGGCCACGCCCUCUACUGCAUCCGAGGGCUGGAGAAGGAGCGGCACCGCAGACGGGCCCAGCUGAAGGAGGAGCUGGACGAGGCCGAGCUGGCGCUGGAGGAGCACAAGCGCAUGGAGCGGGAGCUGAGGAAGCUAGACGAGCAGAGGAGGGUGAAGAAGGCUCCGCUCAGAGGUUCUCUCCUCAGAACCUAUAUCAUUCAUAUCCUGACCCGCUCGGUGGUGGAGGUCUGCUUCAUCAUGGGCCAGUACCUGCUCUACGGUGUUCACCUGGAGCCGCUCUACAAGUGUGAGAGGCUGCCCUGCCCAAACAGCGUAGACUGUUACAUUUCCAGGCCCACGGAGAAGACCAUCUUCAUGGUCUUCAUGAUCGUUAUUGCCGGUGUGUCGCUUUUCCUCAACAUCCUGGAAAUAUCCCAUCUGGGCAUCAGGAAAAUCCAACGAACACUGUACGGAGAGAGGUUCGCGGAGGAUGACAGUUUCAUUUACAAGACUCCCAGGAAGAAGUCUCAGCUUUGUGUCAUGAGCAACGUAUCACCUCACAACGGGCCUUUGACUCAAACCUUCGAAGUGAUUCCAGAGGAAGACGUGAAGCUGCCUCACUACAGCUCAGGACUCAGAGACAGCCAGGACGUCUCGAGGCACAACAGUGUGGCUCACGUGGACCAAAGACAAAUGAGCUACAUUUGCCCUGAGCCCAGGAUUCCACCCAGGUCUGACCUGAACCGUGCCUCUGUGUUGAACCCACACCUGCCCUGGGCCUCUCCUCUCGACGAGGACAGUCAGGAGAGGGAGGCGUCCCAUGAAGGACACCUGGAAGCUCUGCUGUCCAGCGACGCAUUACGGCCCCUGCAUGACAGCGAGCGAAGGGAGUCGGCGGAGAGCGAGGUCCUCAUCCCCAACCCCCGGAAGACCAGCUUCAUGAUCAGGCCCCCGUCCGAGAGCCUGUCCUCCAUCAGCGCCUCCACCAGCCAAUCCAUGCACAGCUCGGAGGAGUCCGACGAGCUGGGCUCCCUGCAGGGAGACAUGCCCAUGAUGCCGCCUGCCGGAGGCCGACGCAUGUCCAUGAGUGUGUUCCUGGACAUCUCCUCUAUCAUGAAGAAGUGAAGCUGUGGGACUCAUGUUGGACCACGACCAAUGGAGAAGCUGUAUCAGCGCUCCAGCCAUCAACAUUGAUCCAGCCCUCGAGUCACAUGGGGCCAAACCCAGGCAGCCUACGUACCGGCACCAAAGGAGGACGAUUAGAACCUGUGUAUGUGUACAGUGGUUACGUCAGCAACUAUACUUUCUAUUCUCACUGGAUUAAACGCUUCUUAACAAAACAGCAAACGA